UUUGGUUCAAGGUUUCUUCAUUGUCAGUAGGAUGAUGCAUCUCCGCGUCCAAACAGUGGCUGCCGCGGCUUUCAUGCUUUCUUCCGCGCAUGCUGCGGACGAGAAUCCGACGAUCACAUCCCCGCGGAUUGCGGACUCGCAACGACCGCUGUGUGCAGUGCUGUGCUCGACCAGCAUCGACAGCGACGACCCGAACCUGUGCACGUCCAUCAACGUGACAUGGGGAGGAGAAUCGCAAUGCUCAUCCUUCUACGCGAUAUGUCCCGCGAACGCAACGUCGUGCAUCCUUCGUACGACGGGACCGCAGCCGUCUACAUUGUCCGGCCACAUUAACACCACCACCUUUGCCUCAUGCGGCCUGCCCCGUAACUCCUCCAAGCUCAGUCAAACCCUCCAAUGUUCCAACUCUUCUUUCAUCGUCGCGCCCCCUCUGCCAGUAUCAACGGCCCAACAGCUUCCAUCGACCACUGAAACGAUCAGCUACACUUCCCGCGCAGCCACCACGACCCCGCCGCCGCCGUCUCACUCCGACUCGUCGCUCGCUUCGUCGACCAUAUCGUUGCUCAGUCUCUUAGGCGGAUUCCUUGUUGUCGCAUUCGUGUCCUUUGUCAUCGUUCGCCAUCGCCACCGCCGCCGCCGCCGCGAUCCCUCGACCAAGGGCCCCGCCGCGCACGACGACAUCCUCGACGACGACAAUGCAUACAUGGCGAUGUCCCCCAAGCCACUCCUUCCCCCACGAGCAAUUCCUUCAGACGAGCAAGUCCUCUCCCCAACGUCGCCGACCUUUCUCGAGUACUUGGACUCGGUCGACGCUUUCCGAUCGUUAUGGCUCUCCAUGAACGCCGUCCGACUGGUACCUGUGAAAGGCACGAGUCGCGGCCUCGUUGCUGCGACGGUCCAAGGAAACAAACAUGUUCUUAAAGGCAUCGACUAUACCACGGUGGAACCAUCCAAUUUGUUUCGCUUUGGCCGCGCUGUCCAACUCGUCCUGGCGCUCCCCGUCCAUCCAAAUCUCACGCGCAUCACCGGCGUUGCGCGCAUCAACUGGACGCACCAGUUUGCUGUAGCGUCCGAGUUCAUGAACAAGGGAAGCCUCACUCAUCACCAUGUGCUUGAAUUUCGGUCCACUGCCGAUGCACCCUUCCCGCGGCGCCAGCGACUGCGUCUGUGCGCCGACAUCGCAGCCGCCCUCGUGCAUCUACACGCGCUGGGCUGUGUCUAUGGCAUCUUGCACCCUGAAAAAGUCCUUUUGCAUGAAGAUGUUAACCAAGGGACGUUGAUCGCGAAGUUGAACGUGCUUGCGAUGAUGGACCAAGCGUUUGUGGAAGUGCCGCAGUGCGCCCAUCGCCUUGGCAGCAUGCUCGUGCCGUACAUCGCGCCGGAAUCCCGUCACGAGUCCAAGACAUAUACGGCUGCAGGAGAUGUAUACGCCCUCGGGGUGAUCAUCGCACAACUUCUCACUGGACGAGUGCCGUUCGAAGCGACGUACCACGACCUAGGUUUGGUCCGCGGCGACGUUCACCUCGUCACUCAUCCUCGCGCUGUCCCUUACGAUAUUGAUGUGAAUGAGGGCCUUCGAGAAGUGUUGCAUGCGUGCUGGUCGGUCGAUCCGUCCUUGCGUCCGACUGCAGCCGCCGUUUGGGUUGAAAUUGCGUCGGCGUUGAGUACUACCACGUAGUAUAAUUAUAUUAAUACAGUAUUAAAAUACCAAGG